UGACAUGCGAAUUGACAGAUAACAUAACCUAAAACUCAUUUUGCAUCCAGCUUUUCGAGUGGAAUCGUUGCUUACCUCAAAUCAAAGUAAUUAAUUUUUAAAAGAUAUGAGCUAUCGAGUUCUUUGAAACGCACCCGAAGGAGAUACCUGGAGGAAAAAUGGAAACUAUGACCACCGAACAAAUGGUUUUGGAUGUCCUUAAUCGGGCUUCCAGCCAAAAUCCCGAAAUUUUAAAACCUGCCGAGGCGAAAUUAUUAGAAUGGGAAACCCAAAGGGGUUUUUACACAGUCUUAUCGAAUAUCAUAUCUAAUUUGAACAUAGAUGUUAAUGUAAGAUGGAUAGCAGUUUUAUGUUUUAAAAAUGGUGUGGAUAAAUACUGGAGAAAAACUGCACCAAAUGCUAUUUCCGAGGAGGAAAAGCAAAGUUUGAAGCGUUCACUUUUAUCUAGUUUCAAUGAACCUGUCAAUCAAAUAGCAACACAAAAAGCGGUAUUAAUAGCUAAAAUAGCUCGAACGGACUGCCCAAAAGAAUGGAAUGAACUUCUUCCAACGUUGAUGCAAGUAGUUGAGAGUAAUAAUAGUUUGGUACAACACAGGGGUUUGCUAACGUUGCACAAUGUUAUAAAAGCUUUAUGUUCGAAACGAUUGGCAGGAGAUAGAAGACUUUUUCAAGAUUUUGCAGCUAGUAUUUUCUCGUUUGUAGUAAAUUUAUGGAACGGUUUUACAGAAAUGUUUUUUCAAAAUGUCGCACAAAAUAGUAGUAACGACGUGUUAGUUGUAAACUUGGAAAAAGCGUUGUUAUCUUUGAGAAUAUUACGAAAACUAUCAUUACAUGGAUUUUAUCAACCACAAAAGAGCACGGAUUGUAUGAACUUUUUUAAAAUAAUUUUCGAACGAAUUAAAACCUCCUUGGAAUGUUUACGCCAAAUACGAAAUAAAAAUCAUCAAUAUUUACUCGAAUUAACUGAAAAGUUCAUUGUACACCUCACAAAAGUUUUAUUAUCAACGUUAGAUGUUCGCCCAUUUGCUUUCGUCGAUUUUAUUCAACCAACUCUUGAAUUAGCCGUUUAUUAUGCUUUUACACCAGCCGGACACGAAUUUAUUUUUGAGCGAUUCGUCAUUCAAUGUUUUAAUUUGAUCAAAGGUAUUUUGUUAUGUACGGAAUAUCGUCCCGCGAAAGUUAUUGAUUUGACAAAAGAUCCUGAGACCGUACGAGCUUAUCAAAUUAAAAUGGCCUUCUUCCAACCAAAUACUUUAACAGAAAUCUGCAGGAAAUUGGUUACCCAUUAUUUUCCUUUAACACAAGAUGAAUUAACAACUUGGGAUAGUGAUCCAGAAAAUUUCGUUCAUGAUGAGGUGGGAGAAAGUUGGAAAUAUAGUUUAAGGCCUAGUAUGGAAACAAUAUUCGUAACGCUCUUCCAUGAAUUUCGAGAGACUUUAGCACCGAUUUUACUAGAAAUGAUCCGCGAAACAAACUGCAUGGUUUCCCCUGAUGAUAUGGCGGGAAUUUUAAAGAAAGACGCCGUUUACAACGCCGUCGGUUUAGCAGCAUAUGACAUGUAUGAUGAGGUGGACUUUGACCAAUGGUUCAUGAACACAUUAACCGAAGAAUUAAAAGUAAAGGAUAACAAUUAUCGUGUAAUCCGGCGUAGAGUUACCUCGUUAAUUGGAAAUUGGACGGGAAUUAAAUUAUCACCUGAACUCCGACCCGCUUUAUAUAAUUGUGUAACAAAUCUUUUAGAAUCUGAUGAGGAUAUGGCAGUUAGAUUAACCGCUUCGACCGCUUUGAGACACGCAAUAGAUGACUUUGAGUUUAAUUCCGAACAAUUUCGACCGUAUUUAGAUAGAUCCUUCAAUUUACUUUUUUGUUUAUUAAAAGAAGCUAAAGAAUGCGAAACGAAAAUGCACGUUUUAAAUGUAAUGACUUUAAUGGUUGAGAGAGUUGGACAAACAAUCAGUCCGCAUACAGCGGCACUUAUUCAUUUCUUGCCACUUUUAUGGACGGAAUCCGAAGAUCAUAACAUGUUGAGGGUAGCAAUUGUAGCAACUUUGGUACAAUUAGUUCGCGCUUUAGGACACGUUAGCGCCGAAUUAAACCCGUUUUUGCUUCCGGUGAUUCAAUUAGGAACGGAUGUUACUCAAGGAGCUAUUGUGUAUCUUUUAGAGGAUAGUUUGGAAUUAUGGUUAACAGUUUUAGAGAACUCCCCAGUUAUGACGAACGAGUUUAUGCGAUUAUUCGAUAACAUGCCUGGUUUAUUGGAGUAUUCUUCCGAAAAUUUACGACUUUGUUUAAUUAUUUGCGCCGCACAUAUGCUUUUAGAUCCUGAAAAUGUAAUGAGAACACAAGGAGUGGAAAUUAUUAAGAUUUGCGAUGGAAUGAUGGCCGAUAUGAGAAAUGAGGGGCUUAUUAUGUUAACAAGAUUAGUGGAUACCUUUAUAAGGGCCAAUCCGGAAAUUGGGUGUGAAACUGUUAAAAGCAUUUUACCUAGGAUAUUUGAAUCUGUUUAUAAAGAUAACGAUGUUUACGUUAUAAUGUCUUUAAACUUUUGCAUACUCUCUCGAGUUUUAAUAUCAUCCCCUUCGAUUUUCCGCGAGGUUCUUUUAAUCAUAGCUGGACGACAUAACUGUUCGGAACAGGAUGUUUUAGCAACAAUCUUAGAUAUUUGGAUCCGCAAAAUGCGCAAUGUUUCGCAACAAGAACAAAGAAAAUUACUUUCAUUAGCUUUAUCAAAUUUAUUAACAUCACAAAGCAAUCCAGUUUUGGAACGUUUUAAUGGAAUCAUGUUAAACAUUUUGGAGACAUUAAAUGAUAUAACUAAAUACGAUGAUAAUGGAACCUCUUCCGAUUCGUUAUUGAUGCCGAAUCUUGGCGAAGAACCGAGUGCGGAUCCUCAAGAUCAGUAUCAAUUUCAAUUUCAGGGUUAUUAUCCAGAUGAUCGUGAAUACGAAACGGAUCAUGAACAUAGGAAAAAUCAGCUGUUAAAAAUCGAUCCGAUACAUACAGUUUGUCUUCGAGAUUACCUUCAAUUGCAAAUCGUUGAAUUGCGAAAUCAAAUCGGACCGGUUAAUUACCAACAAUUGUUGCAAACGUUAGAGGCGGAUACUCUUCAACAAUUAAACAGUUUUGUAACCAUGUAAAAAGGUGAAUGUAAAUUGAAAAUUAAAAUAUUAAUUAAAGUUUAAUUCAAAGAAAAUAAUAAUAAAUGAUUUAAAAUGGAGUACUAUAAUAAACAUAGUAGAAACAAAUAUAAACAAUAUAAAGUAAAAAAAAAACAAAUAUGAACAGUGUGGAUUUUGAUGAAUACAUAAAAAUUAAAAACAAUGUAAGUAUUAGGGAGAUAAUAUAAAAUUGGAGUGGAAGGAAAAAUGUUUCGCGGGAGACGGAAAUGAAUUGUGCCUCAUUAUUAAUUUUUUUUAUAAUAAACAAUCAUGUUAUUAAUGUAACAUUUAUUGUA